UGGGACACUUACUAUGAAGGACUUGGUUCUCCUUGUGAAAAAAAAAAGGAUAAUCAAGUACAGUAAUGUAGUGUUCCUUUUUCUCAAGAGUUAUCUAUUCUACCUCAUUUUGGAACAAAUAUAAGAAACCUACAGUCCUCCCUUUAGUAAUAAUCAGCUAAUGAAGAGGUCGCUGAUAUGGUUUGCCUACAAGGACUCCGAUGCCUGGCUCCAGCAGCUGUAAGAGGUCUAAUUCGACUCAACAAAAUCAGUGUGAGAAAUACCUCAGGAAUGUCUGCAGGUUAUAACCAAGCCAAUAUAGUGAUUCUGCACAAAUCUCUAGCCGAUGACUUUGAAAAGUUCUGCCAUGCAAACAGUGGACCUCUCCCCUUACUUUAUCGGAGCACUCCUGGUGAAUUCAUUUGCCCUCCACUAAGCAAGGAUUCAGAUAUACGAACGGAUUGCCUCCAGUACAGGAGGUAUGAGAAUGGAGUGUACACUGGGGACCUCACCAGCCUGGACAGUUACUCUGAGCAAAUGAGGGACAUGGUUACAUUCUACCUGGGCUGCAGUUUCUCCUUUGAAAGUGCUGUCCAGAAACUUGGAGUUCCUGUAAGAAAUGUGGAACAGCAAUGCAAUGUGAGCAUGUAUAAGACGGCCGUUCCAUGCUAUGGAGUUGGCAGAUUUGCCUGCAACUUGGUGGUCACAAUGAGACCAAUUCCUCAAGAUAAAAUAAAUGCUGCAGUAAAAGCAACUCAACCCAUGAAAAAAUACCACGGAGCCCCAGUUCACAUUGGUGAUCCAGAAUUUUUCGGCAUAAAAGAUCUCACAAAACCUGAAUAUGGAGACCCUGUGAAUGCUCAUCCUGGUGAUAUUCCAGUAUUUUGGGCGUGUGGAGUAACAGGAGUGGAAGCUGUGAGCAGCUGCAAAUCCCCUUUGGCUUUUACUCAUUCUCCUGGAUCCAUGUUUAUUACUGAUAUAAAAAAUGUAGACUCGCCAGUUCAUCAAAAUGAAGAAACCCCUGAAGUUUUUCAGAUAUCUUCAAAUCCACUGCAAUACAGUUUGGUCUCAAAAGAAAUAGCAGACAAGAUCAGAGAACUAGAGAAUGUAAUUGGAAUAGAUCCAGGUGACAGGGGGAUAAAAAACCUUCUUAUUAAAGACGAGCUGCUGAAAUCCAGCCUCUCUCUGUCUCAUGCCAAAUCUGUGCUUAUAACCACUGGGUUCCCUACUCAUUACCAACAUGAACCCCCAGAAGAGACGGAUGGGCCACCUGGAGCUAUUGCAAUGGCGGCCAUGUUGCAGGCCCUGGGGAAACAGGUUGCUAUAGUAACAGAUGAGAGAGCACUUGGCCUAAAUAAAAAUAUACUUGACAGCUCUCUACAGCAAGGUAUAUUACAGGCACCAGUGCCUCUUCUAUGUUACAAAGAGCAGGCUCCGGACUCUGCUGUGAGAUUCCUGUGUGAAAAUAGCAACACAGAGACACCCAGAUUUGAUCACCUAGUUGCCAUAGAACGAGCGGGAAGAGCAAAUGACGGCAACUAUUACAAUGCUAGGAAAAUAAACAUCAAACACCUGGUUGAUCCCAUUGAUAAUCUCUUCUUGGCUUCGCAGCACAUCCGCGGAAUCACCACAACUGGUAUUGGAGAUGGAGGUAAUGAACUUGGGAUGGGCAAAGUGAAAGAAGCUGUGAAGAAAUACAUCCAUAACGGAGACACCAUAGCUUGUGAUGUGGAAGCAGAUUUUGCUGUCAUAGCUGGUGUAUCUAACUGGGGUGGAUAUGCUGUAUCUUGUGCCUUGUACCUCCUAAACACCUGUGAGAUCCAUGAACGUUACCUAAGAAAGGCAGUUGGGUUCCCCAGAUUCUCACAAGGAAAGAACUGGGCAUCCGCUCUUCCAACUGUUGAUAAGGAAGAGAAGUUGCUGAAUAUUCUAGUUUGGCAGGGGGUCCGCAGUGGGGUGACUGGAAAUCUUGCUAUGGAAGUUGACGGACUCCCGUUCUAUAAUACUCACUCUGAGAUGAUCCAGAAACUACUUAAUAUUACAAUGUAGAAUAUAAUCCAAUGCUGAUAGAUUUAUACCGCCUUGUUUACAACACUAGCUAUGAUUAAAAUAUUGUGGGAGAUAAAAUCAUUUACACCAGUUAAUAUUCGCUUGUCUCCAUUUGUGAAGUGCCAUUUUUUUUCACACUUGAAGCCAUUUUAAUCUAUUAGAAAAUUAUACAAUUAAUUAUUUAUUUCAAGCAUUUGAAAUACUUUUGUGACACAAUUAAACUCCACUUAUAACA